GUUUUCACAUCAUAUAGCGUGGUCUUGCGUGUGUUGCAAUCACAUCAAUAAAGAGUAUCAAAACGUGUUUUCGUUGGUUCAUUUUAGGUGGCAUUAGGACCCGGAUGCCUCGUUUCCAGAUAGCGGACACCGGUUGAUGAAUCGGUCCACUUUGCAUCUUCUCACCUGACGAGGACCGAAGCUUCUCCCGGGUGUCACUCACAAACCGAGCGAUCGGAGCGCUGCAAAGCCGAGCGAGGAGCGCUUUGUUUGGUGUGAAAAAAAAAGAACCCUCGCACUCCCCGACGCCCUCGUGUCGCCUUCUCAGCCAUGAGCCAGAGGUUCACCGUCUCCAAGAGCGACGAUGUCGGGCUCCCCGCGGACAUCCAGGGGGAAGUGAACCUGCUCUUCGAGGGCGAGGGUGAGGGCGACAAGCAUCCGAGCGGAGCCGAGUCGGAGGACGAUGCGGCUGGGGCCGAAGGAGCCAAUUCGGCGGCGGUGGGGACGGAGGUGUGGACGUCCGCGGUGGUGACUCUGAAAGGUGACAAUAACCCCAAGGAGAGCAGCCCGUUUAUCAACAGCAGUGACGCGGCGGCGGAGAAGAGCCAGCAGUAUGAUGGCAAGAACAUGGCCCUGUUUGAGGAGGAAAUGGACACCAGUCCGAUGGUGUCAUCUCUGCUCAGUAGCCUGGCCAACUACUCCAACCUGCCGCAAGGGAGCAAGGAGCACGAGGAGGCAGAGAACAAUGAGGCUGAGUCAUCCCGCAAGAAACCAGUCAAGGCCCCCCAGCUCGGCACGCUGAUGGGCGUCUACCUGCCCUGCAUCCAGAAUAUCUUUGGCGUCAUCCUUUUCCUCAGGAUGACCUGGCUCGUUGGCAUCGGUGGAAUCAUCGGAACCUUCAUAAUCGUCUUCAUGUGCUGCACCACCACCAUGCUGACUGCCAUCUCCAUGAGCGCCAUCGCCACGAAUGGAGUCGUGCCAGCUGGAGGCUCGUACUACAUGAUAUCCCGUUCGCUGGGCCCCGAAUUUGGGGGCGCAGUGGGGAUCUGCUUCUACCUGGGUACCACCUACGCCGGAGCCAUGUACAUCCUGGGUGCCAUCGAGUUGCUCCUGAUCUACAUUGUGCCCAAGGCUGCCAUUUUCCCACUGGAGGGCCUGGAAGGCGCAGAGGCGGAAGCGGCUCUGCUCAACAACAUGCGUGUGUACGGCACCAUCCUGCUCACCUCCAUGGCCACCGUGGUGUUUGUCGGCGUCAAAUACGUCAAUAAGUUGGCUUUGGUCUUCCUGGCCUGCGUCAUUCUCUCCAUCCUGGCCGUCUAUGCCGGCGUCAUCAAGACGGGGGUUGAGCCUCCAGACUUCCCAGUUUGUCUGCUCGGCAACCGCACGUUGGUGUGGAAGACGUUCGACGUGUGCGCCAAGACGGUGGAGACGGCCAACGGGACGGUGACCACGCAGCUGUGGAACAUGUUCUGCGACUCGUCUUUGCUCAACGCUACCUGCGACAAGUACUUUGUCGCCAACAACGUGACACAGAUCCAAGGGAUCCCCGGAGUGACCAGUGGCAUCUGGACAGAGAACCUGUUUGGUACCUAUUACGAGAAAGGGGACCUGAUCGCGCGGGUCAACAUGGAGUCUGCUGAGGAGCCGGAUGACCCUCUGACCAACGCCAAUCGCUACGUGCUGGCCGACAUCACCAGCUUCUUCACACUGCUGGUUGGCAUCUACUUUCCUUCGGUGACAGGAAUCAUGGCCGGCUCCAACCGCUCCGGUGAUCUGCGCGAUGCUCAGAAGUCCAUCCCGGUGGGAACCAUCGCCGCUAUCACCACCACCUCCUUUGUCUAUAUGUCCAGCGUCAUUCUCUUCGGUGCCUGCAUUGACGGUGUGGUCCUCCGAGACAAGUUUGGGGAAGGGGUGCACGGGAACUUGGUUAUCGGCACAUUGGCGUGGCCGUCACCAUGGGUGAUCGUGAUCGGCUCCUUCUUCUCCACCUGCGGAGCCGGACUGCAGAGCCUGACGGGGGCGCCGCGUCUGCUGCAGGCCAUCGCCAAAGAUGGAAUCGUACCCGCGCUAAGGAUCUUUGGACAUGGGAAGGCCAACGGGGAGCCCACGUGGUCCUUGCUGCUGACCGCAUUCAUCUGCGAGAGCGGCAUCCUCAUCGCCUCCCUGGACUCAGUGGCUCCCAUCUUGUCCAUGUUUUUCCUGAUGUGCUACAUGUUCGUGAAUCUGGCUUGCGCCUUACAGACUCUCCUGCGGACCCCCAACUGGAGGCCCCGCUUUAAGUUCUACCACUGGACUCUGUCCUUCCUCGGGAUGAGCUUGUGCCUCACACUUAUGUUCCUGUGUUCAUGGUACUACGCCAUUGUUGCCAUGGUGAUUGCCGGCUCCAUCUACAAGUAUAUUGAGUUUGCAGGUGCGGAGAAGGAGUGGGGUGACGGCAUUCGAGGUCUGUCCCUGAGCGCUGCACGUUAUGCUCUUAUGCGUCUGGAGGAAGGUCCUCCCCACACCAAGAACUGGAGGCCUCAGUUGCUGGUGCUGGUGAGCAUGGAUGCCGAGCAGAAUGUGGAGCAGCCCAGGUUGCUUUCGCUGACCAACCAACUGAAGGCAGGCAAGGGCCUGACCAUCGUGGGCACGGCCCUGGUGGGCACCUACCUGGACAACUACGAACACACUCAGAGGGCCGAGCAGGCGCUACGUAAACUGAUGGAGACAGAGAAGGUUAAGGGCUUCUGUCAGGUGACGGUCUCGUCCAACUUGCGGGAUGCCACUUCCCACCUGCUCCAGGCCAGCGGCCUUGGCGGCCUCAAGCACAACGCCGUGCUGGUGUCGUGGCCACGCAACUGGAAACAAGGCGACGAGCACCAGACCUGGAGGAAUUUUGUCGAGUUGGUGCGAGAAACCACUGCAGCUCACCUGGCCUUGCUCGUACCCAAAAACAUCGCAGCCUUCCCGUCCAACGGCGAGCGCUUUACCGAGGGUCACAUCGAUGUGUGGUGGAUCGUCCAUGACGGAGGCAUGCUGAUGCUGCUGCCCUUCCUCCUGCGCCAACACAAGGUUUGGAGGAAGUGCAAGAUGCGCAUCUUCACCGUGGCCCAGAUGGACGACAACAGCAUCCAGAUGAAAAAGGACCUGACCACCUUCCUCUAUCAUCUCCGUAUCGACGCCAUGGUGGAAGUGGUGGAAAUGCACGACAGCGACAUCUCAGCAUACACCUACGAGAAGACCCUGGUGAUGGAACAACGCUCACAGAUGCUGAAGCAGAUCAACCUGACCAAGACCGAGCGUGAGAGGGAGAUCCAGAGCAUCACUGACUCAUCCCGCGGCUCCAUUCGGCGCAAGAACCCUGCGUCUGUCACCACUCAGCUGAGUGUGAGCGAAGAACCGCCAGCGGCCGGUAAAGAGGAAAAGCCGGAGGAGGAGUCAAAGUCGGCCUCUCCCCCUGUGCCCACCCCUGCCCAGGUGCAGCUCAUUCACGAGAACACCACCCCGACCAGCCCCGCCACCCCGGCGGCCCCAGCAGCCUCGGCCGAGUCGGUCCAGAGCCCCGGGGAGCAGAUUCAGAUGACCUGGACGGAGAAGUGCGAUGGGGACGCCAGCAAGUCCGCUGCCGCUGCCACACCGUGCGGCAUCAAGGACAUCUUCAACAUGAAGCCUGAAUGGGAGAACCUGAACCAGUCCAACGUACGACGUAUGCACACGGCGCUGCGACUUAACGAGGCCAUCAUCAAGAAGUCCUCCGAGGCCAAGCUGGUCCUGCUCAAUAUGCCCGGGCCACCUAAGAACCGUACAGGUGAUGAGAACUACAUGGAGUUCCUUGAGGUCCUCACUGAAGGUCUCAACCGGGUCCUUCUUGUUCGCGGAGGCGGACGCGAGGUCAUCACCAUCUACUCCUGAAAAAGCAGAGCCCCACACCCUCCCAUCCCGCCUCCCUCCAACUUGACCA